AUGCAAAAACUUCAAGAGCUGGACAGUGAAAAUGAUUACAUCUGGAGAGGACUGAAAAGGAAUUCCUCAAACAAAAACCCGUGGUUGUGGUCUAGUGAGUACUGCAGGGAGUACCACGAUGACCUGGCCAGUGUGGCAUCUGAGACCGAGAUGCUGCUUAUCCAGAGAGAACUGAAAAAACAUAACAUCGCUGAACAUGUCUGGAUUGGUUUGCAUUUCUUCCCUCUGGUUGGACAGGCAGGCUGGCUGUGGGUGGAUAGGCAGGAGAUGGACUACGAGGCCUGGGAUGAAGGGGGGAAACCAGCAUGUCCUGAUCCCAGGAUGGAGUGUGCAGCCAUACAGUAUGUUUACAUUGUGGAGAACAAAAGCUGGGAAAAGGCUUUAGAUUACUGUUGCCAGCACUAUACAGACCUGGCUCCUGUUAAUAAUGAACGCGACAUCCGCUUACUUCAGGAGCUCUCCGGUGGCACAACUGAAAAGAUCUGGAUAGGACUGAUAAGGAGUUCCAAUAACAAAUGGUUGUGGUCAGGAGGUGGAGAGGUGUCCAGGUUUUUCUGGGAUUUUAAACAACCUGACAAUAAGAGUAGUGACAAUUAUGGCUAUACUCAGCAAAACAGGUGGCAUGAUUCAGGUGGAAGUGGUAAGGAACACUUUUUCUGCUACUGGCCAGUGGUGGCAACUAAAAAAAAAACUUGGGAGGAAGCACUGGAGUACUGCAGGGAGCACCAUAACGACCUGGCCAGUGUGGCAUCAGAGACCGAGAUGAUGCUGAUCCAGAAAGAGCUGAAGAAACAUAACACCACUGAACAUGUCUGGAUUGGCUUGCGCUUCUUGUCCAGAGACUGGCUGUGGGUGGACGGACAGGAGAUGGGCUACGAGGCCUGGGGUGAUGGGGGAAAACCAUUGUGUCCGCACCCCGAGAUGAAGUGUGCAGCCCUACAAGUCACAGGAGGGACUGAAGGUGUUUGGGAGGCGCAUGAUUGUGUGGAGAGGCUCAAUUUUAUUUGCUACUGA